UCAAAACUUGUGAUAAAUUCCAAAGCGCUCGAUAUUGCAUUUCAUAUAUUGACUCCGUUAUACGUAUGAAUCUAUUUCAAGAUCGAGAUUAUUAAUACCCUACAGCUUUUCGCAAUAUCUUUUGCCCAGUUAAUCGAAACUCCAUAUCACCUCAAAACAACAACAGAGCUUCCCACCCUAUCUUUUACUCCUCCUCUCCCUGUUUCAUUAUUUCUCAAAUGAGAACCUUUCUCGCCCAAUAUGAUGAGAAGCUACCCCUCUGGGCUUCAUGGGAUACCGGAACUAUGCACGCCUCCUCUACCAUCGUCACAUGAUGGAAAACCGCGUCGGCUUCUUACUCCAGAGCCUCAACAUUCUAUCACACUGGCAACUGUGAAGGCGAACGGCCCAUUCUUUCAACGACUCCCGAGCGAAAUCCGUGCGAGGAUCUUGCGUCUUGCGUUUGGAGACCGAACUCUUCAUGUGGAUUUGAUUUAUAGUCGCCCAAUCCUUCCCGACGUCGACCGUCAUGCUGGUGUUAGACAGGUGCCUUAGUAUGGCACUUCUCAAGCCUGGAUAACCUAUCCAAACCCUGGCAAUGCUGUUUUCGACUGGUUGAAUUAUCCAGACCAAAGCUGGGCAUGGCGAAGCUCUGUGUGCCAUCGGCUUCCCCCUUCUGGUUUGAUGGACUCGCGUGGCCCUGGGUAUGAUCCUCAGCCUUGCGACGAUGAGUGCGUGUAUGGUUGGAAUGGCAGAAAUGGGUUUAAACCACAAUGUGAGCAUUGGCCUGGUGACGAUCCGGAGAAAUGCUUAAUUGGAGCUAUGGCAUGGCUCCUCUCCUGCAAGCAAGCUUAUCGUGAAGGGAUUCAUGUCUUAUACGCUACGAAUACUUUUCAUACGGCAAGCAAAUCAAUGAUCAUGAACAUGCACGACUUCUUCCAGCAACAGCGACUAAAUUCCAUCACGUCUGUCGAAAUCAUUUGGGAGUGUGCACCAUGGAUCUUGCCAGACAUCGAGGACCACUCUAGGUUCGUUCCUCCUCUAAGCGACAUGGAGUCUUUUAGGCAAUUUCUCAAGGCCAUCCCCAAUAUUUUCCCGAACAUCAAGAAACUUUAUGUUUCUUUACAAGGAGACAUGAUUCCCAAGUCGUAUGGACAACUCCGCGACACUGACAAGUACUCGACCAAGGAACGAAUCUUGCUCGUGGAGAGGAACAUCAUCUUGAAAGUCGACCAAAUGGUGCCUUACCUCAAACCCCAUGUCGACUUUUCAAUCGCCUAUCCUACGAGUACUUAUGCUGUGCAGAGAAGUCUUGCGCUUCGACAGGGCUGGACAGUGAAGCAGAGGCAUGAGACUGGUGAGGUGGAACGACACUGGAGGCCAUUGGCGAAAUGCAAACCUCGAACAGGCUACUGGGUCUGCUUGGGUGAUAAGGAUGUAAGAAGAAAGAGAGCGAGAGGCAUCAUUGGGCAUAAACAUAUGCCAGCGCGUGUUUCCGAAAAGAAGUAUCAUGUUUUCUUUCGGUCUUAGGACUCGGGUAGGUAGUGUAUUGAGUGUAUGACAUUCUGGAAGGAAUAUGGUUUGGGUUGGGGAAUCUCAGUCGGUUAUAUGCCAAAAGUCACGAUGCACGAGUGCUGCAUCUUAUCGCAUGUCACCAAAUAUUUAUGUACGGUCUUGACUGCUAAGUCUAUGGAAAUAAGUAAAGAUUAGCAUGCUAUUCGAAAUAUUAUAAGGCGUUCUCAG